CUCGAAGGUUGUUGUUCUUUCACUGUCAAAGUACGUUAAAGCGCCGGUAAUGGUGUCUACUCCAAGGACAAGACGUAGAAGGCAGCAACCUAGUGCGAACGAGAGAUACGGCAGAACAGUUUUGUUUUGGUGAAAUCUGCUGUCUUAUCUGUGUGUGAUGCAAAGACGGGGCAGUUUUCACAAGGCUUGGAGGCUGCAUGGUGGCAUGUUUUUUGUCCUUUAUGAAAUCUGCCACAUUAUUUUGAUUAGAACACUAACGUAACUCCUGGCAGUGUCAAAUCUUAACUGCUAGCACCGAUUUCCCUCCAAAGCUUGAUGCGGUGUUAACAAGCAGAAAGAUCUUGUGCGUCCUGUUUUCGUGGAGCUCGGAAGACAGCGUGUUCCAUGGGAGGUGCCAAGGUGGUGCUGCAGUCAUAUAUAAGUUUCUAGGUGGCAGAGACACGGUGAAGCUCACUGUGGAGCAAGGAAAGCUGAUGGGGGAGCCUUGUGCAUAACCCAGGAUGGACUGGCUGUGACGUGCCUUAGCUGGAGAGGUAGUUACGAUGAAGAGUUCCUGCAGAGCUGGCCUCCACAGGGAACCGCUGAAUUCCACAUCCUCCACCUUCCAUCAAGUGAAACGGCUGGCCGCUCAAGUGGAGAGUGCUGCUUCAGCAGUCAGAUACCUUCUGUUUACCUUCAAAGCCUGUGAUAAUCCUCGCUUGCUCUCCAGUCGAUGCAAGAGGCGGUUUCACAGGCGUUAGAAGCUUCGCUUAAUGAAGGGUGUUGAACCAAUUGUCUCGCUGGAUUCCUGAAAACUGCUUGAAGAAAGCCUUUUAAAAACACAUUCAGCUCAUCUUUCAGACACCCUGGCAUGAAAACUCAUGAAUGAAAUUUGAUCUGCUCCUAGCUCAUGAGAUUUCAACGUGCAAAGUCGUGUAUUUAAUUGUAUUCACCUCUUCUCCGCAGGGUAUGGUGGCGGCCAGCCAUCGGAGCUUCUCUCUCUCUACUCUGAAAAAGCACAGCUCCAAAAUGCCCUUCUGGAUGGGGGAGGGAGGGCUGCAGGCACUGUUCUCUGCAGCAGCUUGCUGCAGUGGUUCACCUGCUGCCCUUCUGGGCUGGGCACUGGCCUGAGCACGUGGUGGCCUGAUCCUGUUUAGCUAUAAAGUGCCACCGAGCUAAGGCAGACGCUAUGGAAAAUGAGGCUGAAGUAAACUACAGCAGCCUUGAUUUCCCAUUCUCUUCUAUUCAUCUAUUUCAGCACCCCGAAGUUCUAUUUUUGUCAGAUUAUUUUAGCUUUUAGCAUCCAACUGAGAAGGCAAACAAAAUAGCUCGUUUGCAUUUUGCAGAGGAGACUAAACUGGGAGGUGACCCAACUCCAACAAGAGCUGGAAUUAGCGCGCAGAAGGCAUGGGGAGAGGAUUAACCCAGGGACUAGGGUUUCUGGUAUGCACUUAAAGCCAUAUCUCAAGUUACAGAAAAAAGAGCGAUCUCCAGAAAUAAGCCAGGAUUCCCUGAGAGGCCCACCUAUGAGCCAUCAGAGAUCAGCACAAGAAGAGAAAUACACGAACAACUGCACCAAACUGAGCGUUUUCCCAAAACCCUCCCUUGUGACUCCAUCCCAAAAGCUUCUGGGGAUUAUUUAUCCAAAUACUAUGUGCAAUAUGAAUGGGAAAGGUCCAGCGGAUGGUCCGAGUGCAAGGGAAAAGAAGAACGCCCUGUCUGCAACGAUCCACCAGGGAGAAGAAGGGGAAGGGCCUCUGGAUGUCUGGGCUGUAGUAAAACCUGGCAAUACAAAGGAGAAGAUUGCGUUCUUUGCAGCCCAGCAAUGCAGCAGUAACAACCGGCUAGGCUCCAUGAAAAUUAAAAGCACGUGGGAUAUCGACGGAAGAACAGCUAAACGCAGGAAAAAAUCGGUAGAUCUUAAAAAAGCCAAAAUUCAACUGGAAAGAAUGAGGGAGGCGAAUGUCAGGUGCUCCCAGCCGGAGCCUUUUGCCUGUGGCAUCGAGCACUGUUCGGUGCAUUACGUGAACGACAACGGUGAGGGUGUGUUCCCGGGCCGGUCCCUCUCGGUGAUAGAGAUGGUAGCCUUUCUGGAGCAACGAGCAAGUGCUUUACUGGUAGACUGUGCGAAAACCUGCACGCACGCCUCUACUACGAGGCUGAACGCUCAGCCUAAAGGUGCGCUUCCCAGCUCAGACCCUUUCUCCUCCGCCGGGGCGUGCGAGGUACAUGCGGAGAGGGGACCUUGCGGCAAUAGCGAGCAGCAGCAGAGCGAGCCUGUGCGUGUGCUGGACAUGGUGGCCAAGCUGGAGUCGGAGUGCCUGAGACGCCAGAGCGAGCGGGAGGCCGGGAGCCUCUCGCGGAACAACAGCUUCCGCAGAAAUGUCGGGAGGGUGCUCCUGGCGAACGGCACCCAGCCCGAGGGAGAGGCGGGGAAGGUCUCCUCGGGGGUCCUGGCUCCGGGGGAUGGCUUGGAGGAGGCAGGUGUAGCAGAGGCCGGCUACGGAGGACGGUGCGGUCCUCUGGGUGACGCAGAGUUGUGGGAUGGCGCUGCCUCUGCUCGGCAGCCUUUUCCUUCUGGGCUGGAUGCUCGGAUGGGGAAUGUGAACUCGGGACUUGCUCAUGCAGUGUUGGCAAUAACCGCUGGCAGGAGCGAUACUGAAACGCGAAUCGAGCCUCCCAGACCUCUGCCGUCUGCAUGUCCGGCUGCUGCCAGGUUGCCACCGGAUUCCUUGCAGAGCAAGAAUGCGACUGUUGAUUGUACGUCGAAAGAGCCUGUGAUUUUGCCAAAGCAGAGUCUGCAUCCUGCUAGGAAGGAGCCCUUAUGCAUCAGUAUAUCAGUCACCAAGACUGAGAAAGGAUGCAGGAAAGAGAAGCUCUCUAACGCCAGUGGUAGUGAAGAUCCACUCCCAGGGAGGCUGUUUUUCCUCCAGGCUGACCAGCCUGCUGCUCACGAGCAACAGCCGCUACGGGAAAGUACCCAAGAAAAGCCAGGAGAAGUAGCCCAAAAUGAGGAUGAGGAUGCUUUGGCAUCUGACAGAUCAUGCGUCAGAAACAGUGUCCCUACAGAGCCAUCUGCCCUUUGUGUUCCUCCGACAGAAGGGGCUUUGCAAGUACUUGAUGCUUCCUGCUUAAAAAGGCAGGUUUCGCAUGACUUUUUGGAGACCAGGUUUAAAAUUCAGCAGCUUUUGGAGCCUCAGCAGUAUAUGGCCUUCUUGCCUCACCACAUCAUAGUGAAGAUCUUUGGAUUGCUUCCUACGAGGAGUCUGGUUGCCCUAAAAUGCACUUGCUACUACUUCAAAUUCAUCAUUGAAUAUUACAACAUCAGGCCAGCAGACUCCCGCUGGGUCCGCGAUCCCCGCUACAGAGAAGACCCUUGCAAGCAGUGCAAGAAGAAAUACGUGAAAGGGGACGUAUCGCUGUGCCGGUGGCAUCCCAAACCAUACUGUCAAGCUUUACCGUACGGGCCUGGGUACUGGAUGUGCUGUCACCGGUCUCAGAAGGGCAUCCCGGGCUGUAAGUUAGGUCUUCAUGACAAUCAUUGGGUUCCUGCCUGCCACAGCUUUAACCGUGCUAUUCAUAAGAAAACCAGAGGAGCGGGAGCCGAAGUGGAAGAAGAAUAUUAGUGCACAUACACUUUCCUGCGAGAUUGUUUAGGGUAGGAGGAGAUUCUCAUGCCUUGUGCUGUUUACAGUGUAUAUAAUUGUCGUGGUUUUUUUUCACAGGGCUAUGAAACUGCACAUACUUAAACACAAGAGCCUUUACCUUUUAGAUUAAAGAUAGCUUUUAGUCCAUCUAUGUAAAUAACACUAUAAAAACUAAUUGUACAUACAGAGUCUACAGCUGGCUGAACAACGUAAUCACUACAAUGCAGCUAUGAUAGUGUUGCGGCUAUAGUUGUGUGUGUUUUUAAGUGUCUUGUUUCAAAAAUCUGUAUAUCCUGUAUAAUAUAUGAAUGUUUCUGAGAAGAAACUCUAAAUAGGUAAAGGUCAACUUGUUUAAAGAAUCUUCAGACAACUUAACUGGACAACCUUAAAAUUAGACUAGAACAGAUCCAUUAUAGUAGUGUGGCAGUGGAUAAAAAGAGAGGAAUAUUAUUGUAUAGUCAGAAUAUAAAAAAAGUUCUUGUCUACCCUA